CGUAUAUCACCUCCCUUAAUAUCUUAGCCAUUGCCAUGUAGAGCUCUUUGGCAUUUUAGCUAAAACUGCUUCAGUUUUGAUUUAUUUCCAGGUUUAAAGAAAUGUCCGAGCUUAAAGCUAGUGUAUCGUGUUCUCCGCAGUGUGCGGAAACAGACAAUAUCAAAAAUACAGACGAUAUCAAUCCAGAAACAGUACAAAACACUAACACCAAUAUUUCUCAGGUUGAAGAAGGGUCUCAGAGUGACAGUGAUUUUCUCAAAGGCUUGUUGACGGAUAACUUCUGUCAUGUGUGUGAAGCAACCCUGAUUCACGAGUCCCAGAGAGUUUCUCAUUAUGAGGGGAAAAAGCAUGCACAAAGGGUCAGGAUGUACCUGAACAACAAAGCUAAAAUGAUCAAACCGAGCCAAGAAUGUGGAGGCUUGUUGAGAGGUCUGUCUGCAGAGAAGUUCUGCGAGCUGUGCAGCAUGGUGUUCAGCUCUCCCACUGUGGCCAAGUCGCACUAUGAGGGCAAAGUUCAUGCCAAGAACAUGAGAAAAACCAAUCCUCCACCACCUGGAGUGCCCGUCGUAGAAUCCACAUCUCCUGUUGCCCUCCCAUCAGUGAAUACUGUGCAAAAUCCAAUCAGUCAGGAGCAGAGCGACACUUCUGGUUUGGCUGAUCAAGAGAUUGACCUCAGUGAUCCCAACAAGUACUGUGCUCUGUGCAGUGCUUCCUUCAACAACCCUCUGGUUGCUCAGCAGCACUACAGCGGCCGGAAGCAUCAGCGGAACCAGUCCCGACAGGAAAUGCUGGACCAGAUGGGGGAACAGUCAGAACAUGUGAGCUCCCUGACUUGUCCGAUUUGCUGUCUGACGCUCAGCUCAAUAGAGAUGUACCAGGCACACAUGCAGGGUAACAAACACUUUGUCAAAGAGAAGAAAGUUAUUGAGCUGUGCAAAUCUCAGAAGAAAGUGUAUGACUCCUUCCAGGAUGAGCUGGCUGACUACAUCCAGGUGCAGAAGGCCCGGGGACUGGAGCCCAAAGCAGGGCUGGGCACUGUGGGACAAGCAAGCAAGGUUCUGGAUGAGAGUGCAACAGAAGGUUCACUGACAGGAGAAGAGAUACCUCAUCCUGGCCAGUUGAUACCCCACCCUGGCCAGUUGAUGCCACAUUUUCCGCCUCCUGGUUUCCCUCGACCUCACUGGCACCCACAAUUCCAGUCUCAGGUCCCUCAGUUUGGCUUUGGGGUGACUGGCCCUGUCCCACCCUAUCAGCCGGGAUAUAUACCACAUUCCCGUCCUCCAUUCAUACCUGGUCAACUAUAUAAAAAGGGGAGGAGCCCUGAUUCAUUUAGCUCCUCCUCAUUCUCAGGCUCCUCCUCCUACACUAGCAGCAGUAGUGACAGCAGCAGCAGUUACGACAGCAGAGAGAGGAGGAGACGGAAGAAGAAGAUGAGAAAGCACGGAAAGAGCAAAAGAGAUCAGGAGGAUGGGUCUGAUACGGAAAAGAGAGGAAGGGAAGGAGUAGCGGAACGAGGGGAAAGGAAAAAGAGGCGGAAGGGAGACAGGAGAGGAAGUGUAGAAGGAGAAGAUGAUAGAAAUAAGAAAUGGAAGGAGAGAAGAAAAAGAGAUAGAAGCUCUAGUGAAGAUGAGGAAAGCAGAAGUAAAAGAAGACAAAGCAAGAAAAGGAGGAGGCAUAGGGAUGGACAUCAUGAAAAGAGACAAAAAGAAGAGGAGCUCUUGGAGAAACAAGAAGUUGAAGUGCAAAAUGAGGAAGCACAGGGAAGGAUGGAGGAACAUGGGGAGGAAAGGACAGAAACAAAAGAUGGCAAACAAAAACAUAAAAAAGAGAAGAAAAAAGGAAAAGAGAAGACAAACCAAGAAGACAACAGGACAGAGGAGGAAAGGCUCUGGGAUGAGACUAUUCUUGGUGUUUUUUAAAGACUAUUCGAUGAUGGUUUGACAGUAUUGUUGUAAUAAAACUGCACGGGACCUCAGAAGAGCACUGAAAUCUCCUGGACCCAUCUCACUAUUUAUGCUCUCUGAAGAACUCUUAAGGCCUUUCUUUCAUACAGAAAUUCAUCUGCUCUCAAUUCCUUUUUAAAGGAUCAAAAAAUGACAAUUUUGUCAUCAUUUACUCACCCUCAUUUAUUUUCAACCCAUAGGACUUUCUUUUUUCACUGGAACACAAAAGUAGAUGUUUUGAAGAAUGUUCAUGGUACAUUUUGCCAAUGCAAUGGAAUGGAAGCUGUCAGUCUCCAAAAAUAUGUAGUCAAUACAACUUAUGCACUAUAUUCUGAAUUUUAGUGAGGUACAGAUCAAAAUUUAUGUUGAUAUUCACUUAAAAUAUUGAAAAUGAUUCCACAUAUUCAAACUUGCUGUGACACUCAAGAACCUACAGUGUUUGUCAAACACAAAGCUGUUAUAUUGUGUCAAAAGACUUCAUAUUGCAAGUGGUUUGAGCAACCUGGUACAUUUAAAAGAGCAGUGUAAACAUUAUUCUAAACCUCCUCUUUUGUGUUCCACAGAACAAAGGAAGUCAUACAAGUUUGGAAUGACAUGAGGGUGAGAAAAUGGUGUGAAAAUUGUCAUUCUAGGAUGAACUAUUCCUUUGAAUGCUCAGGACUACAGACUAUAUAGGAUGUCUCUAGAGCUGCACUUCUCUCUUGGAGAAAUCAGUAGAAAUUUUAUACCUUGUGAUGUGAUGCAAAAACACUACAUGAGCCAUCCACCCAUGUAUCCUUCAACUUGCUUCAGGCUUUUCAUCAAAUAAAUCCCUCUCACUGUUUAUAUCAGCAUAGAUAUAGUAUUUAUUGUUGAAUGUUUUCUAAAAAUCUCAUACAUGAACUUUUCCUUAUGUUCAUGACUUAUUAGAAGCAUUUCCACUUUUAGCCUCAAGGGGGUGCUGAUUGCCAGCAUGAACACUGUAUCUGGAUCAGCCUUGAAAUGCUUUUCAGACCCUGACUUUGUGUUCAAGAAAGACGUCAAUAAUGAACGUCAAGAAUAAAAUGGAGUUGUCUGAAUAGAGGUUAGAUUUGUAUAUUAUAAACAUUUCCCUGUAUCAGAAGAGCUGCAAUCCUUUGUUUUGUUGCAUUUCUGUGUGUGUGUGUGUGUGUGUGUGUGAAAGAGUAAUGUAACAUCAGCCUCAUUCGAUGCAGCAGCAGCAUACAGGAAUAUUUUUGUUUGCAGGUCUAACAGGUGCAGAAGUUGAAUGAGGACAAGACUACUCUGUUGACCUCUUUCUUGCAUAGAGCUGUAUUUCCCUUUUUGAGAGUUCAAACAAUUAUCACAAUCAAGAAAAAUUGUUGUGCUGCGUAUCUGAUAUCCAAUGGCCCCAUUAAACAAUUUUCAACUCAA